UCCGACUAGAGGGACUAUGUUGCUCUGCUGGCUGACUCCUGCACUUCUGCUGGGAACUUUGUGUGCAGGGCCGAGCCAUGGCGAGGCGGACACCCGGGAGUGUUUGUACUACAACGUCAACUACGAGCUGGAGAAGACGAACCAGAGCGGCGUGGAGCGCUGCGAGGGCGAGACGGACAAGCGCUCGCACUGCUACGCCUCCUGGAGGAACAACUCGGGCUCCAUCGAGCUCGUCAAGAAGGGCUGCUGGCUGGACGACUUCAACUGCUACGACAGACAGGAGUGUGUGGCGACGGAGGAAAGUCCUCAGGUGUUCUUCUGCUGCUGUGAGGGCAACUUCUGCAACGAGCGCUUCACACACCUGCCUGACGUCACCGGCCCACUGAUCAAAGCCCCCCCUCACAGCGUCAGUGUGUUGAACGUGACUGUUUACUGCCUGCUGCCCGUCACCAUGCUGUCUGUCGUCCUGCUCACCGCCGUCUGGCUCUACCGACACCGCAAGCCGCCGUACGGACACGUGGACCUCGGCGAGGAGCCGGCUCCUCCUCCUGCGUCUCCUCUGCUGGGCCUGCGGCCGCUGCAGCUCCUGGAGGUCAAAGCCAGGGGGCGCUUCGGCUGCGUGUGGAAGGCCCAGAUGAUGAACGAGCUCGUGGCCGUGAAGAUCUUCCCCAUGCAGGUGAGGGACUCGUGGCAGAACGAGCGGGACGUGUUCAUGACGCCGGGCAUGAGGCACGACAACAUCCUGCGCUUCAUCGCCGCCGAGAAGCGAGGGAGCCACCUGGAGGCGGAGCUGUGGCUCAUCACCGAGUUCCACGAGAGGGGCUCUCUCUCAGACUUCCUGAAGGGAAAUGCCAUCAGCUGGUUGGAGUUGUGUCACAUCGCCGAGUCGAUGGCUCGCGGUUUGUCGUACCUGCACGAGGACGUCCCGCGCCACAAGGGGGAGGGAGCCAAGCCGGCCAUCGCACACAGGGAUUUUAAGAGUAAGAACGUCAUGCUGCGUUUGGACCUCACGGCGGUCAUCGGAGAUUUCGGUCUCGCCGUUCGCUUCGAGCCGGGGAUCCCACCUGGAGACACGCACGGCCAGGUGGGGACGAGGCGUUACAUGGCUCCUGAGGUUUUGGAAGGAGCCAUAAACUUCCAGAGAGACGCCUUCCUGCGGAUCGACAUGUACGCGAUGGGCCUGGUGGUGUGGGAGCUGGUGUCCCGCUGCAAGGCCGCCGACGGUCCGGUGGAUGAGUACAUGCUGCCGUUCGAGGAGGAGAUCGGUCAGCACCCGUCUCUGGAGGAGCUGCAGGACGUCGUCGUCCACAAGAAGAUGAGACCGGCCUUCAAAGACUGCUGGCUCAAACACAUCGGUCUGGCUCAGAUGUGUGAGACAGUGGAGGAGUGUUGGGAUCACGACGCUGAGGCCCGUCUGUCUGCCGGCUGCGUCGAGGAGCGAAUCGGACAGAUCCGCCGCCUCGCCGCCGCCGUGGCCCCGCCCACCUCCGACCACCACGCCCUCCUCGUCUCCACCGCCGCGCCCGUUCCCAUGGUGACCAACGUGGACCUGCCGCCCAAAGAGUCCAGUAUAUGA